CAGAAAUUGUUGACAAAUGGAAUAGUGGGUUAUUUAAAUUAUUAUUAUUACGUAAACAUGCAUUUUCAUUAUCAACAUAGGUAUUUUGAGAGUUAUCGAUAAAAUGAGAAAUUCACUCAAUGAGUGUGCUUUUACGUAAUCUUGCGGUAUUUGUUUUCGACAUAUUUUCGUUAUGGGGCCUUGAUUAGGAAUAAAUUACCUCUUAAUUGUAGAUACCCAUAAAAUGUUAAAAUUUCCAAUAAGUAAAAAAUUACAUUCAAUUAACGAAAAAUGCUCUACAAAAUUAAUUCAAACGGUACAAUAUUCUUUAAGAGCAGACCACGAAAUCCCUGAAGAUGGACCGAUGCAGAUAUUACAAAGAAAAAUUAAAGCCAAAGAGCUACAAGCUGAUGCAGUACAAACUAAGGUAACGCAGGAAUUUCAGAAAUUAUACAACGAUGUCAGAAAGUACGAGCCCCCACAACAGGGAUUCUUUAGUAAAUUAUUCCAAAGCAAAAAAACAGCACCGAAGGGUUUGUACAUAUACGGAGCUGUGGGCGGAGGUAAGACCAUGCUGAUGGAUUUGUUCUAUAAUUCUUGCGACAUUGAGAGAAAAACCAGAGUCCACUUUAAUUCGUUCAUGAUCGAUGUUCACAAGAGAAUGCAUGACUUGAAGCAAGAAAUUGUUGUCGAUUACACUCAGAGGAAGCCAAAACCCUUCGACCCGAUUCCUCCAGUAGCUGAUGGAAUUAUACAAAAAUCCUGGUUGAUAUGCUUCGAUGAAUUUCAGGUAACCGAUAUCGCAGAUGCUAUGAUACUAAAAAGACUCUUCACUAGUUUAUUCGACAACGGCGCCGUCGUCAUAGCAACGAGCAACAGAGCUCCUGACGACUUGUACAAGAACGGAUUGCAGCGAUCGAAUUUCCUGCCAUUCAUAGACAUCCUAAAAAACCGCUGCAACAUAUGUAACUUGGACUCGGGCAUCGAUUACAGAUUGAAAACCGUUGGGGCGAAGACCAACUAUUUCGAAAAGAACAAGCACAAACUGGAUCCCAUUGCUCCUAUUUUCAAAAUCUUAAUAGCCAGAGAGAACGAUAUAGUUCGUAGUAAAACAUUCACUAUUUUAGGACGAGACGUGCAUUUUAGGAAAGUAUGCGGAGGAGUGCUGGAGACCUCGUUCGAAGAGCUUUGCGUGCGAGCUCUCGGUGCAAAUGAUUAUUUACACCUGACACAAUUCUUCCACACCAUUAUCAUUAGGGAUGUGCCGAGAAUCGAUUUGACUAGAAUGCGAUCGGAAGCUAGACGAUUCAUCACCCUUAUAGAUGCCUUGUACGAUCACAAAACGAAGGUUAUCAUUACUGCCGAUGCUCCUAUCAGGGAAUUGUUUGUGGUACCGACGGCUUCGAGUGAAAUUACCGAUGACCAUCGAAUGCUUAUGGACGAUUUGAAAAUGGGAGAAAAAGAUUUCACGGCGAAUAUUUUUACCGGGCAAGAAGAGCUUUUUGCUUUCGAUAGGACUUUGUCCAGGCUCAGCGAGAUGCAAAGUGAAGAUUACUGGGGCAAAAAGAAGUGAUCUGUUAGGAGUACUUAAAUCGGAAAUAUGUACUUAAUUUUAUUUGGGAAGAUCGAAAGAAGUAUUGAUGCCUUAGUUUCUGUAUAAACUUAUGUAUAAUUUAUUUAUUUAUUUGAAUAAUAUUGAUAUAUUACCCUCUCGAAUGCCAGUAUUUUGUUGUUAUUAAUAAAUUAUUGUUUUUUUAAUUACCCAUGCAGUGUUCCGAGUUUGAUGGUUAAUGGAUUCGUGAAUUUUUGCCUUUAGGAAAAGUUUUCUAACAGAGGAAAUAGAGAAUUGUACAAUAAUGGUAAAAAAUGGCUACAAUAUACUAGCCACUACUAUCAAAAUUUUGGCACAAAAUUAGUAAAUGUAAGAUCAGCGCUGCAUUUUGG